AGAUCCUGUAUCUUAAGUGACCUAACAGGUGUGAAAGAUGUUCGACUUGAGGACGAAGGUUAUGAUCGGCAUCGCUAGCACUCUGCUGAUUGCUGCAAUCAUGCUGAUAACGCUUGUGUUCUGUCUUUACCAGAAAAUAUCCAAGGCCCUGAAACUCGCAAAGGAGCCUGAAUGCUGUAUUGAUCCAUGCAAGGACCCCAAUGAGAAGAUCAUCCGGGCCAAGCCCAUUAUUGCUGAGACUUGUCGUAACCUCCCGUGUUGUGACGACUGUAGCAUCUAUAAGGAUGUUGGCUCCCUGCCACCUUGCUAUUGUGUCACAAAUGAGGGACUCUGACAUGGCAAUGGUGGACACAAAAAUCUUCACAAACAGU